GCUCGGAGAUCGGCGGGCGCUGCCUGGCGCUAGAACAGGAAGGCGGCGAGCUUAAACUAAAGCGCGUCUGGAGGACAACGGUGGCGUCCAGUGACUACAAGCACAGUUUUGUACCAGUGCCUUGAUUCCUGUUAAAGUAUUAGCAAUUUCCCUGCCUGCAGGUAAAAGUCAACACAGUAAAAGAGAAAUGGGUCGUCGGUCAUCAGAUACGGAAGAAGAUAGCAGAAGCAAGAGAAAAAAGAAACACCGAAGAAGGUCAUCUUCAAGUAGUUCAUCAGAUAGUAGAACAUACAGCCGGAAGAAAGGUGGGAGGAAAUCAAGGUCAAAGUCAAGAUCUUGGUCCAGAGACCUUCAACCUCGCUCACAUUCUUAUGAUAGGAGACGCAGGCACCGGUCUAGCAGUAGCUCCUCUUAUGGCUCCAGAAGAAAACGAAGCAGAAGUCGUUCUAGAGGCCGAGGGAAGUCCUAUAGAGUUCAGAGGUCAAGGUCUAAAAGCAGAGCAAGAAGGUCCAGGUCAAGACCUCGUCCACGUUCUCAUAGUCGAAGCAGUGAAAGAUCCAGUCAUAGAAGAACACGUAGCCGGUCUCGGGAUAGAGAACGGCGGAGAGGCAGAGAUAAGGAGAAAAGAGAAAAGGAGAAGGAUAAAGGCAAGGACAAAGAUUCACAUAUUAAACGUGGGGAAUCUGGAAACAUCAAAGCUGGAUUAGAACAUCUGCCACCAGCUGAACAGGCCAAAGCCAGACUUCAAUUGGUUCUUGAAGCUGCUGCAAAAGCGGAUGAAGCAUUAAAAGCCAAAGAAAGAAGUGAAGAAGAAGCAAGGAAAAGAAAGGAAGAAGACCAAAUCACUCUGGUUGAACAAGUGAGAAGAGUAAAAGAGAUUGAAGCCAUUGAGAGUGAUUCUUUUAUUCAACAGGCAUUCAGAUCAAGUAAGGAAAUCAAAAAGUCAGUGGAAUCUGAAGUGAAGCCUGCCGUCACAGCAUCAGUUCCAGCAUCAGUUGCUGCUGAUCCUCCCAGCAAUGACAAAGAAAUCGACCCUGGUAGCAUCCCAACCUCUAUCAAGUACCAAGAUGAUAAUUCUCUGGCCCACCCAAAUUUAUUUAUUGAAAAAGCUGAUGCCGAGGAGAAGUGGUUCAAGAGAUUAAUUGCUCUCCGACAAGAAAGGCUAAUGGGUAGUCCUGUGGCCUAAGUAGUAUACAUAUAGUUGAAUUAACAGUAUAAUUUGAAAUUUAGGUUUUUAACUUACUAUUACCUUUUACUCUUUGGAAAAAAUUAGAUAGUAAUAUAAGCUAGUCACAUUUCAUUCUUUUUUGUGUAGGCUUGAAUAUUUUUUUGAUUUAAACUCAAACAUUGAGAGUAUUAAAGCGAAUGUAAAAUUUAAGAAUGCAUGAAAAUAUCAUACUGUUAAUAAUAAAGCUAAUCCUAAAAAUA